AGUACCUUGUCUGAUUCCGGAUGUUCCUGUGCUCCUUUUUGUGGUUUAUCUUCAUCAGUUGAGCUCAAUAGAGAACAAGGGUUGUAAGAAGACCAUAGGAGAGGUACCUCGACCUCUAAGUACACAGAGUUACUUUUAAUGGACAGAUUUUUUUUUCCGAAUAUCAAGAGCGACAAGAAAAAGAAUUUGUUGUAGAAAACAUUCCUGUACAACUUCUAGCUGUAGCUGUACUACUAGCUGUAGUUCUUCCCUCUUCCUCGUCUAGUUUCUACAUCCUGAGGCCGGGUCCGUCUCGGUCUACCCUUGCUGUACUGGUAUAAUUUUCUGCUUGUUAUAGUUUUGUUUCCACGAGGGGAGUAACAUCGCGUCAUUUAGAUCUGGUUUUGGAUUUAUAUAAUUUGUUGAAUACACUACAAGAAAUAUAAAAGAAAAAUGGUACUUCAAAUCGUUCGCGACAAGCUUGCCCUCGCGCACGAAGUGCAAGGUACCCGCCAGCAGGAGUUUAAGAUGGACGCGGUUUACCUCGCGAUGAUUGCCGGUAGCGGGACCAUUUUGGGCGCUUUGAUCCCCAUCUGGGCACCCAAAAUCACCAGCAAUGGGAUGGCCUUCAGCUUUGCGCUCACGGCAGGUACAGCUUCUGGAUUUGUAUUUUUCAAUGCGUUCUUGGGAGGUUUAUUAUUAUUUUCGAUGUAUUUCGCUCUAUUGAAAACCUUGACGCAUUGCAAGUCCACAGACAUGAUCUUUGUGGAAGCACGAGAUGAAGAUUGCUUAUAGAUAUUGAAGCGAGAUUUAUUGUUUUAAUGCCACCUCUAUGCUCUAUUUUAGGCGUCAUGCUCACGGUGUCCGCUUUGACUAUCGGACCAGCGGUCAUUGGCGGACAGGACAAGAAGCUUUCCACGACCCCGAUGCGCGAUCUCUACCUCGACCUCAUGUGGUUUCUGCUUGGCGGACUGGUUUACUUUUUUCUCCGGUACACGCUCUACCCCCCGCCCGCGGAGGACAUUAUUCUCGAGCAGUUGAAAGCGGAAGAGGAGCAGAAUCUGUCAGAGGGGCAGCACUUACUGCCAAAACAGCCCGGUAGUAGCAGCUCUGAAGAACAGGAAAACGAGCACGAACCAAGGGGAGAUGUUAGCAGCAUUGAAAAAGAUUUGAAAGAAAAGAACAAAAGGAAAAAUAAAUCACGAACGAGUUCUUCUACAGCUGCGAAUAUUAAAAAGCAGGACCGGGUCGUGUACGCGAGUCCGGACGUGCGACUAAUGUCGGACGGGCUGGAAUCCCCUAUGGCAGGAAAUACAAACACCGCGAACACCAUGAUGACCAGUGGCGAAAAUCCGCAGGACGUGCCAGUAGCAUCCACAAACGAGUCGGAUGUUGAUGACAUCGAGAAAGGAACCCCAGAAAAGAAAAUAAACGCAGGAACUAGAACAUCAGCCGCAGCAGCGAGUAGCAGCACGGUCGUAAAUAGGAGAAUGGUUAGCGCAGGAGCGGAGGGGGAGCAAGCUAGUAGUUCGUCCACCUUUCUCGUCCAGCCGUGGAGGUCGAAGCAGCUAACCAUGGAGCACGUCGACGGGUUUGCGGUCAGGGACCGACAUGACGGGGAGGCGACGGACUCGAAGUCAACGGUCGCGGAAACGAUAGUGCUGCAGCAGCGCUCGUGGCGCCUCGCGCUGCUGAUGUUUGUCUCUCUAUUGGCGCACAAUUUUCCAGAGGGAUUGGCGGUCGCAGCCGGCGGGCAGCUGAGCGACAAGGUGGGCGCGACAGUCGCCGCAGCGGUGUUCUUUCACAACAUACCCGAAGGGCUGGCGAUUGCCGUGCCGUGUUUGGCGGUAGAAUAUGAAUUUUUGCUGCCUGUACAACCUGAAGAUUAAGUAUUCAUGCUGCAAAGUGAGACAAAACUCAGAGUUUGGUUUCAACAUCACCUGCGUACAGAUCAUGCGUCUUGAUAUUCGUCUCACUUGUUCUGCGAAAGACAAAGAUCCACAAGAAGAACAACGUCCUAUAUUCCCAAACAAAAACAAAGGCCUUCCCCGACCGUCCAUGGCUUGCGUUUUCCCUAGCGUCUGCAUCCGGCUUGGCUGAGCCGGUUGGCGCGCUGAUUUCCAUCUUCUGCAUUCAGGAGGUACAAGUCCCCGUUUCUCUCGUUCUCGCCUUUGCCGCCGGGUUGAUGUGCGCUCUCUCCAUGUUCGAGCUGCUCCCGGAAGCGAUGCUGCAGGAGAAGCGUGGCUUCGGGCCCUCCUGCGGUCCGUGCGUCGGGUUUUUGCCCGGACCGGUGGUGGUGAGCGGGCUGGCGGCGGGCGUGGUGAUGAUGGUCUCAACCGAAGUGCUCAUGAAUCAAGUGGCGUGAGGACGGCGUGAGGGAAGGUAAAGGUAAAGGAAGCGGGGCUGCGUGGAAUUUCUACAGGGUCUCUGGUUCCCCUGUCGCGUCCUUCUUUGUCAUUCCUACGUCGCCCGUGGUCGACCAUAGAUGGUAGACAAUUUGAAAAAUUUGAAAUCCUUGUUCAUCAGCAAGAACACUUUUUAACCUUCAUCAGCUUUACUUUUACCCCACUUAGCGUGUACGAAUUGUACUUCACCCAUAUCAUGUACUAAUCGGCUUCCGCUGGUGCUGCUACUACGCUACGGACACUCGAAGAAAAUUAUUGUAUCGAAACAUCGACGAACACGAAGGGAGCGCUUGUCGGUACUUCAGAACUACUUUAUUUCGCCAGCUACUUUAUGUUUAUGAUUAUGAGUGGUUUUGUAGUUGGUGUUGGAACAUGCCAGCUCAGCCAAGCAAUCUUCAUCUUGUACUCCUAUAAAUCCAAAAUCGAGAAGCUUCAGCAUCUCUUCACAUUGAUCAAGACCAACGCCCACCAAUAUGAUGUCCCGCGUUUGCGAAAUUACGAUGAUGAUUUUCAAAAAAAGUUUCAGCACUCGUCCAGGAGAUGUUGCAGGUUGUGCAACUGCUCUUGCAGCGAAAUAAAACGAGAAGGAU